UCUCCCUCUCUCUCCCCCUCGUCACCAGUGAGAUCAAUAUCUCCGAAUUCCCCAUUCUUAACAGUAGCUGCCAUUGUUCCAAAAAUAUUCUCCGGAACAUGUCAUCUCUAAAGAGCCAGAAUUUUGAAGAAGACCAAAUUAGUCAGCCAGUUGGGCUUGCCGCCAAUGUUACUGAGUUUUUUGACUUGUUACCCUCUCCAGAACAUGCUCUGUCCGGAGCCUCGUCCAAUCGGUUACCCAUUUCAAAGGAUCAGAACCAAAACACCGAUUUCUUGACACAAAUUAGUCAGCCAGUUAGGCUUGCCGCCAAUGUUACUGAGUUUUUUGACUUGUUACACUCUCCAGAACAUGCUCUGCCCGGAGCCUCGUCCAAUCGGUUACCCAUUUCAAAGAGUCAGAAUCCAAUCGACGGUGAUGUGAUUCAAUCGGAGGGCACUUGUCGUUGCUUUUCACUGGACGAGGUACUAAUAGCGACUAACAAUUUUGAUGAUGCAUUAGUUAUCGGGAUCGGGGGAUUCGGUAAGGUAUAUAAGGGGUUCAUCGACGAUGGUGCUACGAUGGUUGCCAUAAAGAGGUUGAAUGCCCAGUCCAACCAAGGUGCUGAAGAAUUUUGGACAGAGGUAAAGUUGCUUUCAAAGUUCCAUCAUACUAAUCUCGUUUCACUCAUCGGCUAUGGCAACGAGAAUCAAGAGAUGAUUCUUGUUUACGAAUACAUAGCUCGUGGGACUCUUGCCAAUCAUCUUUACAAACCAAGUAGAGAAGUAUAUGGUAAAAGUAUAUCUCAUCUAACGUGGGCUCAAAGGCUCAACAUUUGCCUUGGUGCCGCACAAGCACUCGACUAUCUUCAUACUGGUACCAAACAACUUAUUAUACACCGAGAUGUGAAGAGCACAAACAUUUUGUUGGAUGAGAAUUGGGUAGCAAAGGUUUCUGAUUUCGGGAUAUGUAAAUGCAUUACAAGCCAAACAACAACCCAUGUUAGCACAAAAGUCAUAGCAACGCGAGGAUAUUGGGAUCCAGAAUAUUUAAUCACUGGUCGAGUAACCAGGAAAUCUGAUGUGUAUGCCUUUGGCGUGGUGUUGUUAGAAGUCUUGUGUGGUCGGCCACCGUUAGAUGAUAGACUCGGGGAGGAGCAAAACAGUCUAAUUCUUUGGGCAAAAAUGUACAUCGAAAAGGGAAUGCUUGACCGAAUCAUCGAUCCCUCUCUUAGUGGAGAAACAACACCACAUAGUCUUAAGUACUUCGCAAAACUUGCUACCAAUUGUUUACAUACUAAACCAGAGGAAAGGCCUACAAUGUCUGAAGUAGUGGAGAGCCUUGAGAUUGCAUUGGUGUCGCAUGAGCGUAAGGGAAGAUCGCCUGGAACUACUGCAAAGCCGUUUCAGGCGGGCAUAAAGCUUGUGCCUAAAGGUAUGAAUCGUUGGUUGAGAGCAGGGAAGGGCAACGAUUUAUAUGAUGGUGGAGGACCAAUUUUAGGCGACCUUACCCAAUCCGUAUACCGUCGUUUCUCUCUUGCUGAGAUUUGCGCUGCCACAAAUGAUUUCAAUGAGGGUCUUUUGAUUAGCCAAUACGGUUUCUUUAGCUUGUACGAGGGAUAUAUGGUGGGGGGAAAUCUUGAUGUUGCGAUCAAAAAGUUCAUAUCGGCGUCGAGACAAAGCUUGAAGGAAUAUAGUGCCGAGAUUAAGGUACAAUCUCUUAGCUGUCACACUAACAUAGUCUCUUUGAUAGGAUUUUGUAAUGAAAAACAGGAGUUGAUUCUCUUGUACAAUUACAUGCUAAAUGGGACAUUGAAAAGUCAUCUCCACGAUAGCGAUUACGAUCCACUUCUUUGGAAAAAGCGGCUUGAGAUUUGCAUCGACACCGCACGAGGUCUCGAUUACCUCCAUUCGAAUGUACAACAACAAUUCGUCCACUGUAACCUGAACCCGUCAAACGUACUUCUAGAUGAUAAAUGUGUUGCGGCAGUUGCCAAUUUUGAACAUUCCGUGCCAAUUCACCCUAGGAUGGCAACCGGGGGCGUGGAAACAAAUAUUAUUGACACGAUGAGAUAUUUUGGUACGAUGGGAUAUUUGGACCGUGAGUACGUGCACACCGGUAAAGUGACAAGGAAAACCGAUGUGUAUGCUUUCGGAGUUGUGUUGUUGGAAGUAUUGUGUGCCAAGACCCCUUGUUUUCGAGACCAAAACACGGAUGAGGUUUUGUUACUUGAUUGGUUCCGAUUUUGCAUCGAAAUAGGAACUAUCGAUGCCGUCAUUGAUCCAUACCUAAUCGGCAAAGUAGCUCCUGAAUGCCUGAGGCAUUAUGUCAAUAUAGCACUGAGUUGCCUGGUUAGCCCGGGGAUCCGACGCCCUUCUAUGAACGAUGUGUUGCACGGCCUUGAAUCUUCAUUGCAAAUGCAAGAGGCUUGGGAGAAUUCCGUCCAGAUGGCCGAUGUCCCCCAAACCUACAACGGCUUCAUCUCUGUCGAAAGCGUGUUCACAAUCGGCGGACAGAGCUAUCUUAUUUCAAAUUUGGUUCGUCCACCAGUUCAUUACUGGGAGUUGUAACACGUAUGUGCCAAAGUACUGUAUCUAGUUUAGUACAUAAAGAGAUCUGUAAUCUGUUAGUUUUCUUGUUU